AUGGCAGAGGUGGAGGUCGUCCGCCAGGACUUGGCCCAGACGACUGACUUCCGUAUCUUUCCUCUCCUCGCUGAAACGGUUCUUUGGGUGAUCUUUUCUGUCCUUAUUGUGACGUCGGCUCAUAUUCUCCUAUCUCGCGGCCUUCGCUCGCGCGCAAACCGGAUCAUGUUUGCACUUACGCUCAUCAUGUAUACUCUGUCCACUCUAGACUGGGCGAUAGACGUUCGGCGAGUGUGGACGGACUUGAAGAUCUCGCUCCCAGCCGAGCUUUCCUCGCCACCGCAGAAUGAACACGGGCUCGAUCAGCUGAAUGUCGCACUGAAGAUUGUUGAAUCCAUCGCAAACCAGAUCUGUGUUCUUAUAAGUGACGUAGUCGUGUGCUGGAGGGUGUGUGUUGUGUUUGGAAACGACGGGCGCGUUGUAGGCGUGGCCGUGGCGUUCCUCGUCGCAUUAGAGACUGGCCUUCUCCUGUGCGGUCUUACGCAAGUCGGCAUUGGAUUUCCCGAGGCCUCUCCCGCUCUUGCCGUUCUCGCUCCUCUCGAGCUCCCUAUUGACAUCGUGACGCUGGCCCUAUCCGCACUCGUCAAUAUAUGGGCAACCGGCAUGAUAGCUUAUCGCGCGUGGGCGUGUCGCCGUGAAAUAAGACGGCACUUCAAGGACACGGGUCGCAAGACUUUUAUGGAGAGUAUACUCGUGCUAUUCCUAGAGUCAGGGACCAUCUACACCGUCUUAUGGAUACUGAGGAACAUCAUUGUUCUGCCAGUCGUUGAGGGGUCUCCGUAUACCAACUAUUCGGCGAUGGUGAUGUAUCAGAUGACGGGCAUGUACCCCACCGUCAUCAUCGUUUUGGUGACCUUGCAAAGAUCGCAUCUGGAGAACCAGUUCACUUACCCCGACUUGCCCGAUGAUUCAGAGACAGGACUCUCCUUCGCCUCGCCUACGCAAUACGGGACUGAUGGGCGCAUCACAAGCAGCCGCGAGAUGGCGUUUGCCCAGAACUUCUUGAUCGAAACGUCCGGAUCGAUCACCCAGUCAACGGAUGGAACAGAAAGUAGUACACAGAUUGCGGACAACAAGACAGUUCAGGCUCGAGGUUGGCCAGGCAAAGCGCAGUGA